AUGGCGGGUCUGAGUGCAGCUUGCUUGGUAUUUCCGUACGAAUUGGCCGAGGCCACCCCCGAAAGUUUUGUCACACGGCCUCUUCAUAAUGCCAUCGUCAAACCGGAUAGCAUCAUAGCAUCCUCCGAAUUGCAUGUCAACUUCAAAGUCUCCAUUCACCUUUGGGCCAAUCCGGCCAAACAAAACGCCCGUCAGAGCCCCAAGGAUCAGAGUGCACUCGGCAAAAGCGAUGAGAUGAUCUGCUUCUUUGGCAAUCAGAUCUUCAAGGUCCUGGGCGCCUUUGUCAAGGAUGGCGAAUACAACUCGCGUAUUGGUCAGGCGCUGGAGGCGCAUACACUGAAAGACAAGGUGUUUUCGACACACCUCACCACCGACAUUGCUGCUGGUUACAGGAAUCCCGAUGGGUCGUAG